UGUCCUAACAAUAAUGAACGUGAUUCGGUUUAGUUUCCGAACAUUUAGAUCAUCACCGAGAAGUCCUAAUUUCAUAUUAGUCUAUUCUUGUUUUUUGUCCAGUCAAUAGUCAGAAACAUUUUAAAAACACUACGUCAGUAAAAGGCCUCUGUUCAAAUACUAUUUUAGCACGUUGAAUUAAAAGUACUUUAAAUUCAAUGUUUUAGCAUGUAACUACUAUUUGGAAACAGGCUAUUAUUAUAAGAAGAAAAACUUGACAUAUUUUAUUUAACCUAACACUAUUUUGUUUUUACAUUUAUUGAUAUUUGAUUUAUUACUAUGUUCAUCCAACAAAAGAUCUUCAGAAUUAUUAUUUACAGCUCUUAGUAUUUAAUUGAAUAUGGAGCGAAAUAGUAAGGAUGAAAUCGAUAUCUACGAUGAUGUUGUAAGGAAUGUUAAACAAGAGCUGAUUGAAGAAGCGCCAGCGAUGAAAAUUCGAGAUGAAAACAUCAAUAUUAUACAUUCAAUCAAACAAGAAAUAAAAGAUGAUUCAAAUACAUUCAGAACAGUUGAAAAAUUCAUGUUUUCUACUAAACCAGAAAGGAACAUUUUAAAAACACAGAAUAUUGGAAGCAAACUAAAAUAUUUAAAAGUUAUUCACGGAAGGCGUAGCAGAUCAAAAAGUCUGUUGAGGCAAGAAAAAAAUAUUAAAUCUAUUGCAGGAAUAAUAUUAUGUGGAUUUUGUGGAAAUUUAGUUAUAAAAAAAUUAGAAUUUUUAUGUCACUUAUAUAGAAACCAUUUUGUGAAACCAAACAAAUCACCCCUUAAAAAAAUUAGAAAAAUUGAAAGAAAUGUUGUUGAUUCAGAUAUUUGGAAAAAUAUAAAAGAUGAAAUCGAAGUUGUUGAUAAUGAAUUGAAACGUGAAAUUAUUGAUACAGAAGAAAAGACAUUCAAAUGUGAGCUUUGUUCAAAAACUUUUCCAUACAAAAGUAUUUUAAAUGUACAUUUGCGUAGUCACACGGGAGAAAAACCGUUCAAAUGUGACAUUUGUACAAAAACUUUUUCACAAAAAAGUAAUUUGAACACGCAUUUUCGUAGUCACACAGGAGAGAAGCCAUUCGAAUGUAAUGUAUGUUCUAAAACAUUUUCACAGAAAAGUAAUUUGAAUACACAUUUGCGUUGUCAUAAAGAAGAGAAACUGAUCAUGUGUGACGUUUGCUUGAGACCAUUUCUAUGUGAAGAAGACUUGAAAAGGCAUUUUUUGUGCCAUUCCGGAGAAAAACAAUUUCAAUGUGAUAUUUGCUUAAAAUCUUUUUUGAAAAAAUAUUACCUAACCAAACAUUUGCGUUGUCAUACGGGAGAAAAACCAUUCAAAUGUGAAAUUUGUUCGAAAACUUUUACACAGAAAAGUAAUUUGAAAAUGCAUUUGCGGGGUCACCAAGGAGAGAAACCAUUCGAAUGUGAAUUUUGCUCAAAAAGAUUUUCACAUAAAAGUAAUAUGAAAAUACAUUUACGUGUACACACUGAGGAAAAACCAUUCAAAUGUGAUAUUUGUACUGAAAGUUUUUCACAACACGAACAAUUAAAAGAACAUUUAGAUAGUCACAUAGGAGACAAACCGUUCAUUUGUAACAUUUGCUCGAAACCAUUUCCGUGUGAAGAAGAUAUGGAACGACAUUCAUUAUCUCAUUCUGGAGAUAAACCAUUUCAAUGUGAUAUUUGCUCAAAAUCUUUUACGAAAAAAUAUUAUUUAACAAAACAUUUGCAUUGUCAUACAGGAGAAAAACCUUUUAAAUGUUACGUUUGUUCAAAAAGUUUUUUACAACGUUCCAAUCUUGAUGAUCAUUUGCGAAGUCACACUGGAGAAAAGCCGUUUAAAUGUGACAUAUGUUCGAAAUCGUUUUCGCAACAAGGACAUUUAAACGAACAUUCUCGUAUUCAUACGGGAGAAAAACCAUUCAAAUGUUACAUUUGCUUCAAAUCCUAUUCGCGACGUUCUCACCUUAACGAGCAUCUGCGCCAGAUUCACAAAGAAAACGUAUUCAAAUGUGAAAUCUGUUUGAAAUCGUUUUCUCACAAAACUAAUUUAAAUAAACAUUUUCUCCAAGAUUGUACGCUAAAAAAAUCUUCAAAGAAUAUUAAAAAAUGCGUCAAGAAUUUUUAUAUUUAUUUAUUUAUAAAAAUGGAAAGUGUUGUUGUUAAGGAUGAAACCAAUAUCCACGAGCAUUAUUAUAUGAAUACUGACAUUAAACAAGAAUUGAAUGACCUAGUGCCUAUACAAAACAUUAAAAAUUUUGGAAAACUGGAUAACAUACGUUUAAUUAAACAAGACGUAGAUGAUUCAAAUAUAGUUCAUACGUUCGAGAAAUAUAUUGUACCAUAUAAAACAGAAAGAAAUAUUACUAAAAAAUCUAACACACACAUUAGAAACAAAUUGGAAUUAUCAAAUCUGAAACGCAGAAGACGCUCUGGCUCAGGACUUUUAAAAAAUGGGAUCGAUGUCAGACGAAAUGCUGGAAUUAUGACGUGUGAAUUUUGCGGAAACGUGUAUGUGAAAGAAGCAGAACUAUGUUGGCAUUUUUCUUUACAUCAUUGUUUAGGUAAAAUAAAUAAAUUUCACAUCGGAAAUAAAAGAAAAAAUCGUGUUAGACUCUUCAAAAAUAUUCGUGAAGUCGUGAAAAGUGAAAAUGAACCAGCCGAAGUUAAAUUGAAACACACAAAUUUUUUUCAAUUAAAUGUAAAUUCGGUGAAUAAGAAACAAUUCAAAUGUGACAUGUGUACGAGAUAUUUUGGAAGAAAGGCUUGUUUGAGGAAUCAUUUACUGAGUCAUACGGGGGGAAAACCAUUUAAAUGCGACAAAUGUUGGAAAUCUUAUACACAAAAAGGUGAUUUGAACCGACAUUUGCGGAGUCAUACUGGAGAAAAACCAUUCAAAUGCGAUAUCUGCACUAAAUCAUUCACAGAGAAAGGAUAUCUGAAUGUACAUAUGCGAUAUCACACCGGGGAGAAACAAUUUAGAUGCGACAUUUGUUUAAAAUCUUUUCUAAGGAAAUCCUAUUUGAACGCGCACGCGCGUUGUCACACCGGGGAAAAACCGUUCAAAUGCAACGUUUGUUCGACGUCUUUUUCACAGAUAAGUAACUUAAAUCGACAUUUGCGGAGUCAUUUUAGAGAGAAUCCGUUUAAAUGUGACAUUUGUUUAGAACUCUUUCAGGAUAUUUAUGAUUUUAAUGCACAUUUAGGUAUCCAUCCAAGGGGAAAUCUGUUUAAAUGUAAAGAUUGUUCGGAAUCGUUUCCAGAUCAACGUGUUUAUAACAAUCAUUUGAUUUACCAUACGAGCGAUUCUCCACAUAAAUGUGAUAUUUGUUUUAAAACUUUCACAGCUAAGAGUAAUUUACAUAGACACUUUAAAAGGUCACACGAUACUUACAUAAUAAAAAUGGAUAUAAAAACUGUUAAAGUAGAAAUAGAUACCAAAAAUGAUUUUUUUCCUAAUAUAAAUAUUAUACAAAAAUUAAGUGGUGAAUUGGAUAAAGUACAAAUGCAAAAUAUACCUAUUAAAGUAGAAAUAAGGGAUGACUUCGAGAUCGUUAAAAAAGUCCCCGUAACGAAUAUCCAAAAUAUAAAUAAUACACAUUCUAUUAAACAAGAAAUAAAUGAGGACUUGAGUACAUUUCUUCCGAUAGAAGAAUGUACGAUUCCAGUUAAAACAGAAAAAAGCAUUUCUGAUGUUAAGAUCGACGUUAGAAACGAAUCAGAUUAUUUAAAAUUGAAGCAUAAGCGGAAUAAAUUAAAAAAAUUAUUUAAAAAAGGAAAAAGUACCUUUGGUGGUAUGAUGAUAUGUAGAUGUUGUGGAUGUUUAUAUACAAAAAGAAUAGAAUUUUUUUGGCAUAUUUUGUUGAAUCAUUGUUUGUAUGAGUUUAAGAAGAAUUUGAGCAAUAGAAAAAGGCAUUUUAUUGAGACUACAAUUUUUAAAAGAUUAAAAAAACCCAAGAUAAUUGUAAAGGAUGAAAUUAAUAUAAAAAAAUAUGAAUCAAAAGAAGAAUUACAAGAAAUCAGUGUGGAUAACAUUAAAAAAUUCACAUGUGAUAUUUGUUCAAAAUCAUUUUCACAGAAAAAGCAUUUAAACAGACAUUUACUAACACACACAGGAAAAAGACAAUUCAAAUGUGAUAUAUGUUCGAAAACGUACAUCCAUAAACCAGAUUUAAACACACAUUUACGUAUCCACUCAGAAGAAAAGCCGUUCAAAUGUGAUAUAUGCUCAAAACAGUUUAUACGCAGAGGAGAUUUAAAUUCACAUUAUCGCAAUCACACAGGAGAAAAACCAUUCAAGUGUGACGUAUGUCUGAAAGCGUUCAAGCACAAAGGAGAUUUAAACAGACACGUACGUACUCAUACAAGAGAAAAACCGUUUAAAUGUGACAUUUGUUUGAAAUCAUACAUCCACAGGGGGAAUUUGAAGGUACAUUUACAAGGUCAUUCGGGAGAUAAACCAUUCAAAUGUGAUAUGUGCCCGAAAACGUUUACACUGAAAGAUUAUUUAAAGAAACAUUUUUAUUAUCACAUAGGAGAAAAACCAUACCAAUGUGAUUUAUGUCCAAAAUCAUUUUCGCAGAAAGAACAUUUGCGCAGGCACUUAUACUACCAUACGGGUGAGAAGCCGUUCAAAUGUCACAUUUGUAGGAAAUCGUUUUCACAAAAGGAGCAUCUAAAUGGGCACUUGCGUUGUCACACUGGUGAGAAGCCGUUCAAAUGUGAUAUUUGUUCCAAAUCGUAUACGCAUAGAGGAGGUUUGAAUAGACAUUCCCGUAGUCACACCGGUGAAAAGCUUUUCAAAUGUGACAUUUGUUUGAAAUUGUUUAUACAGAAGGGAGAUUUGAACAGACAUUUUCGUAGCCACACAGGGGAAAAACCGUUCAAAUGUGAUGUUUGUUCGAAAUGUUAUAUACAUAAGGGGGAUUUGAAUAGGCAUAUGCGUAGUCACACGGGGGGACAGUUGUUUAAAUGUGGCUUUUGUUCGAAAUUAUUCAUAAAUAAAGGAGAUUUAGACAGACAUACGAAUAGUCAUACUACAGCAGAACAAAUAAUUGAUUGUAAACUUUAAAGAAGAUAAAAAUUGAUCAAAUACAACUGAAAAUUGUAUAAAACUGUCAAUAAUCUACAUGUUUUGGUCGUAUGAGGUAGAAAGUCGGUUUUUAUAGUGAAAUAUAUACUCAUCUUUAAGAAUCGAUGAAAACCUUAAUGGAUUUUGUCAGUAAAAAUGAUUGAAGAAGAAUUAAAUUUGACAAUUGAAUUGGGAAUGAUAUAAAUCUGCAAAAAUCCAGGUUUUCAAGGCAAAGAAAAUUUGCCUUUACCUUCACCGCUUCCCUAUUCGCCUCACUUGAAUCCUUGUGAUUUCUUCCUCUUUUGGAAUUGAAAAAUACAUCUAGUAUACGAUUUAAGGAAGUGCUUCGAUGAUUAGAUAUAUAAUGUGAAUGUGGCUUUUUAAAUAAGUGUUUUGUAAAGAGGAGAACAAUGAACUGUAAUUUUAUUCGAAUAAAAACAUUAAACAUUGAAAAA